AUGUCCGAUAUAUCUCCCCCCUUAUCACAAGGUGUGGGAUAUGGAGUCGUGAUUGGUGUUGGGUUGUCAUUUGCAGCAGGAAUGAUAUUUGUCACCAAGGCAUUGAAAAGUACAGUGGGCGAAGAUAAUUCGAAUGCUGAAACAUUCAUUGUUGCCAAUCGGAGAGUCAGCACGGGUUUAGUUGCCUCGGCAGUUGUAUCUUCCUGGCUUUGGAGCACUGCAUUGCUGAGUGCCGUAUUGGUGGCCUAUCAAUACGGCGUAAGUGGCCCCUUCUGGUAUGGUGCUGGAUGCUCACCUAUGAUCGUCUGUUUUGCGUAUCUCGGCACUGUCUGCAAAAAGCGUGUGCCCAGCGCGCACACUGUUCUGGAAAUUAUCAAGAUGCGAUAUGGCACUGUCGCUCACUUAAGCUUCACCUUUCUGGCUGUGGUGAAUAAUCUCUUCAACACCAUCAACAUGAUUUUAGGUGCUUCAGUCGCCAUUACAUAUCUAACUGGAAUGCACAUCAUGGCAUCCACUUUCCUGCUGCCAGUUGGUGUGGUCAUUUACACCCUUACAGGAGGCAUCAAAGCAACGUUUCUGACUGAUUAUAUUCACACUUUCAUUAUUUUGAUUCUGUGUUGUUAUUUGACCACCAAAGCGUUGACCAGCGUGGAAGUAAAUUCGAUUGGGGGUUUGUAUGAUCUUGUCAUUGCAGCUCAGCCAAAUCAUCUCGUGGAUGGAAAUUAUCAAGGCUCGCUUUUUACCAUGACAUCUCAACAGGGAAUAUUUUUUGGAAUCAUUCUUUUGGUGUCGAACUUCGGAGCUGUCAUUAUGGACACCGGAUACUUCACUAAGGCAUUUGCUGCGUCCCCAGAAGGUGUUGUUCCUGGAUACGUGAUUGGGGGUUUAUCUUAUUUUAGUAUUCCUUGGGCUCUUGGAACUAUUAUGGGAAUGGUUGCGUUGGGAUUGGAGAGCACAAAAGCCUUCCCAACAUAUCCGAGACCCAUGACUAGUACUGAAGUCACGAAUGGACUAGCUUUGCCCUACGCAGCUAUCGCGGUAGCGGGUAAAGGUGGUGCAGUGGCUACUCUCCUGAUGACUUUUAUGGCUGUUACAUCUACACUGUCAGCACAGGUCAUUGCUGUCUCUUCGAUUGUGGCUUUUGAUGGCUACCGCACCUACUUCAACAAGAAUGCAAACAAUCAAGAGAUAAUCUUCUGGAGUCGAGUGGGAGUGAUUAUAUUCGGCCUUGUCGCGGCAGGCCUCACUGCAAUGUUCCACUAUGUUGGUAUUGACAUGGGCUGGACCCUUUACAUGAUUGGAGUGAUAACCUGCCCCGGGAUAUUUCCCCUGAUACUGUCAAUUCUUUGGAGAAAGCAAAGCCGGAUCGCGGUCAUUGCAUCGGCGUAUCUCGGUCUAGCCACGGGCCUCGCUGUCUGGCUUGGAACAGCACAUCAUUUCUAUGGUGCCGUUACAGUCUCUUCAACUGGACAGACAUUGCCAUGCAUGUACGGCACAGUGGCAUCUGCAGUUAGCCCGUUACUAUACUCCGUGUUGAUUACAUUGAUUGCACCGGAAGACUUCGACUGGAAGUCGAUGAGCAAUAACGACCUGGCUAUCCAUUCUGAGGGUGAAGUUACCGAGGUUACUAAAGAGAGGAAUGAAGCGGGCCAGCUUUCCGAGUCAAGCCAAAGGAGAUGGUCACGAUACGCGUUAUUUUGGGCCGUUGCUACUUUCUUCGGCCACUGGGUUCUCUGGCCACUUCCGAUGUAUGGUGCUAGGUUUAUAUUCAGCAGAGGAUUCUUCAUCGCCUGGGUUGUGGUUGCUGAAAUUUGGCUCUGGAUCACUUUGCUGACGGUUGGAUUAUAUCCUUUGUGGGAUGGACGCCGUCGGAUUCUUUUCAUCGCGCGGAGACUUGUUGGGCGUUUGGAAAAUGCAUAA